CAGCGGAAGCGGAAGGAAUAGGGAUCUUUUUUUCUUUUUUCCCUUCUUCUUUGAUCUUGUCUCGGGACUCGGAAGUUCCAAGAGAUGGACGGGCUCGGGAGUUCUGGACCCAUGGAUGGAAGCUGCCUAGGGAAAGGAGAAAGGGAAAAGGGAUGAUCUCAUCAUGUGUCAAUCCGAGUAGAAGGUUUGGGUUUCCGAUGCACACCGAGAUACCUUUCUUUUAUAUAAGCUGGGGUUUCUAGACGGGGGUUGUGGCUUUUAUUUUUGUGGUUCUAGUGAUAGGUCGGGUUCAGUUUAGUUGAGCGCAGGUCCUGUAUCAUCGCUGUGUACGGACUGGACAUACAAUAUGAGACGGAUUUUAUCAUCAUCCUUUGGGGGUAGGGCUCCUGCUAGACUGCAGAGUUGGACAUCAUCCUCGACCUUGGGCAGUGGCAAGGAAAGAGGAAGGUCGAUGUCGCUGCUGGCUUGCAGACCACGAGUUGACAAGCAUGCCCGAUCUACCACAACUUCACCUAGACUCACAUCAGCAAACACACCCACGGCCACAGCCAGACUCCUAGCAACACUUACCUCAAAUCCACCGACUCCAAUCCCCAACCCCGACAAGCCCCGAGUCGUCAUCCUCGGCUCCGGCUGGGGGGGAUACAACCUCUCACGCAAGCUCUCCCCCGCCCACUUCACCCCGAUCAUCAUCUCGCCGCGCUCCUACUUCGUCUUCACCCCGCUCCUCACCGACACCGCCGGCGGCUCCCUCGACUUCUCGCACAUCGUCGAGCCCGUGCGCGACCGCCACGCCAAGGUCGAUUUCAUCCAGGCCGCCGCCCGCGCCGUCGACUUCGCCUCCAAGACCGUCAUCUGCGAGGCCACCGUUGUCCAGAGCGGGGUGACCGAGUCCCCGCGCACCGAUGACGGCGAAUCCCAGCCCCCUCAAGCAUCCCCCACGCGCACCUGGGAGAAAGGGGAGACGUUCGCGGUCCCCUACGACAAGCUGGUCAUCGCCGUCGGCACCGUCAGCAGGACCUUCGGCACGCCCGGCGUGCGCGAGAACGCCUUCUUCUUCAAGGAUGUGGGCGAUGCGCGCCGCGUGCGGCGCCGCGUGCGCGAAUGCUUCGAGCUGGCCGUCUUGCCCACCACCUCGCCGGAGAUGCGGCGCUGGCUGCUGCAUUUCGCCAUCGUCGGCGCGGGGCCCACCGGGACGGAGCUGGCCGCGGCACUGCGGGAUUUCAUCUCCGCGGAUCUCAUGGCGCUGUAUCCCUCGUUGAAGGGCAUUCCGAGACUCUCGCUGUACGAUGUGGCGCCGACGGUGCUGUCGAUGUUCGAUGAGUCGCUGUCAAAAUAUGCCAUGGAUACGAUGCGGAAGGAAGGGGUGGACAUCAAAGCUUCACAUCAUGUGGAAGGGUUGCGAUGGGGCGCCCCGGGGGAGGAGGCGCCCACCGAGAUGGAUCCUAAGCGGUGCUUGACUCUGACUACGAAGGAGGAGGGCGAGGUCGGCGUAGGUAUGUGUGUCUGGGCGACGGGGAACGCAAUGAAUCCUUUCGUUCGAGAUGCCUUGGCCGACAUCCAAGCAUUCCCAGACGAGUCGGCUUUGUUCAAGGAUGGAAGCGGUCGACCGAGUGAGGACGUCGUGCAACGGUCCGCGUGGCAUGUCAAGAAGGCGCCGAAAGUCGGAGCGCUGUUGGUAGAUGAGCAAUUGCGCGUGCAGCUGGAGAACGAGAGUGGGGACACAGUGGUGCUGCAAGAUGUGUUUGCCCUGGGGGACAACGCCAUGCCAGAGAAAGGCGCGCCACCAGCGACGGCACAGGCGACCUUCCAGGAGGCCAAGUGGCUGGCUAAUCGUCUCAACCGGGGAGAUUCGCAGCCUACGGCCCCAUUCUCGUUCCGCAACAUGGGUACGUUGGCCUACAUUGGAAAUGCGAACGCCCUGUUGCAGAUUCCGCAUGAAAAGGGAGAGCACCAUAAGUACCUCCCAGAGGGGCUGAAGGGUCGGACCGCUUGGUUGGUGUGGAACUCAGCGUAUCUGACCAUGAGCAUCAGCUGGAGAAAUAAGGUCCGAGUUGCGUUUCGCUGGAUGUUGAAUCACCUCUUUGGCAGGGACGUGUCGAGGUAUUAAUUUAAUAGCCUAGAAAAAGGUUGAACGGCUCUAUCGAUGUUGUUCAAAGCAUGGCAGGAACUUGCGCAUCUCCCCUCACGACUCGAUCAAUCAGCUCCAUGGCCUGGAAGAGCUCGUAGUCACGCUGCUUGGGCGUGAUGACCUGCACACUCAGCGGCGAACCCAAGUACACUCGGCGAUCCACAGUCUUCUGGUUCCCUGUUGACCAUUAGUAUCCAGUAGGAAAAGAUAAUCGAAGAAGAAACAUACAUA